CGCCGAUCACAAAGAUCGAGCAUCGACGACCGAACGCGAACGCGGUGAUCACGAUGAGAAUAUUUUCGAUAUCUGUCGCGGUUCUGUUGGCUGCGUUUCCAUCCGUUUUCUGCGGGGAGACGAGCAGCGAUCCCGUUGACGGAAAUUCUGAGCAUCUGAAUCCGAAUCAAGGGAACCCGGCUCUCUAUGGCCGAGUAAUUACGCUGGCGGAGCCAGCUACCAGCGACGCCUUUGACAAAGUUCUGCGACUCCUUCGGCAGACCUUCGACCAGGGAUCGGGAAAAAUCUCCGAGGAUCUCGACGCUUGGGUCUCGAAGUUGAAUAAUUUUGCGAGCCGGGUAUCCGGCGUUCCCGAGCCCGAGGGAAAAAAUGAAGGGACCGAGGAGGCGUCUGAGUCGCAUAAAUUGAGCCGACGAUCGGUGACGCCGCUCGAAACGCAGGAGAACAACGAUACACGCGCGCCCGAAUCUCGAUUCUCCAAACAAGCCUCCAAUUCAAACAGCAAACUUACCGAGAACCCCCGAGACGAAUCUGCAGCCGUGUUGUCGCCGGCGAUUCCCGACGACAAUCAACAUCCCGGCUUCGAUUCGUGGAUACAGGAAGUCAACGCACUCGCGGCGAGCAUUGAUCGCGGAUCAUCGGAACCGAGUUUCCCGGCACAUCUGGAAAGAAGGCUGGAGGAGUUAUUGGACAGAAUCCAAUCUCGUUACGACAACAAUCAUCUGCUAAAUCUGUUGCCCAUUGUACGCCUGGAGAACAUCGGUCUUCCAGGCCAGCCGAUUAGAAGGAUUUUGCAUCCGAUAUUCGAGCGAUUGGCAGCUCGAACCAAGCCUACCGAGACGGAGCGGCAGCCAGGCCUCCGGCUGGCCAGGAAAUUGUUCGCCGAUGGGAGAAGCUUACUGAGCACCUUCCAGGAAAAUAGAGAGACAGGUGGAGCUGGAAUCCACAAGGCGGUGAAGCUGGGCCCGCUGUCCGUAAACUUCGACGUGGGAAGAUCUUGAUCCCGUCCAAGUUCCGCGAAACCGUAACACGGCUAUGAAACAUACCUAUAAUACCCCCUUUGUGUUUGACGCCGGCUGACCUCGGCGCUCGGCGAGUUUGUUUCAUCGAAAUAAAUGUAUUGGCAAACUGGAAGCUCUGUAA